CGAGCCGGCGAUAAUGUAACGGUUUAUUGUGUGCUAAACGGCCAGAGCGCCAACGCAAAUACGGCCAUGUGGUCCCUCAACCGAAGGGUGCCGCUUGAUCCCAGUUUGUAUCAUCCUGUCAACCAGCGGGUCAGCCAGAUCACAUUCACAGCUUCAGAAACUGGGUUGUCUGACCUGCUGACCUGCACACAGGAGUGGAAUAUUCCUUAUAGCAAGAUCUAUGUGGAAGGAGGAUUCAUCAGCAUCACGUGUGUAACCAACGGUGACAUUGACACUAUGACCUGCAGAUGGGAGAACAAAGAGUGGGAAAUAGUCAAAUUCCGGUCCAAGAGUGCCGAGAUGUCAUGUGACGAGAUGGAGGAAAGGGUGAGAGGUGGCGAGGACGUUGGUGUCAUCAGGUGCAAACCUGUUUAUGUAUCACCCAUAAAUCAUGUAAAACCUCACCCUCCCACUGAUGUGACGGCGGUGAGCCGGAGCGGAGGGAUCCUGAGGGUAACUUGGAAACAGCCUUCUCUGCCGGUCGAAGGCCUGCAGUGUCAGUUUCGGUACUACUUACUCGACGUUUUAGAGAAAUGGAAGUUUGAGAAGCCUGUGUGGGUUACCUGGGCCGAGGUUGAGGUACCAGACAUGUGCCAGAUCUACGUGGUUCAAGUACGCUGCAUGCACACCAGUGGGAUCGGAUACUGGAGUGAAUGGAGUGAGUCUGUCCACUCCACCGCUCAAAACAGCAGAGCUCCUGAACGUGGGCCUGAUUUCUGGAGAAUACGUCAAGAUGACCCAGACAGAAACCAGUCCAACAUCACUCUGCUGUUUGAGUCUUUCUCAGCAAAUUGGAAUACCUACUGUGUGGAUGGAUUUAUUGUCCAGCACCAGGCGUCGAAUGGAUCUGUGCUGAGGAGGCAGAUCGAUAUGGUGUCCUCCUACAGCUUUGAGUGGAAUCAGGAGCUCCACAUUGUGACUGUGGAAGCCUACAAUAGUCUGGGGAGCUCUGUUAACAACGUCAACAUGACGCUGGAGAAACAACCUAAACGCCGCUGCCUCCAUUCAUUCUACGUUUUGGUUAUAAACAGCACUUGUGUAUCUCUGUCCUGGAGCCUGUUGCAUAUCAGCUCUGCCCCUCUCUUCAUGGUGGUUCAGUGGUUCCCAAGGAAGCAGCAGGACUUUGAAGACUUUGGUCUUAGUAAAAAAACGUGGGCCAAACUGUCCUACACCGAACCUCCUACCCAGUUACGAGGAGAUUUCUUUAGCUCAGAGGAGUACGCCUUCCACUUGUACCCCGUGUUUGCUGAUGGAGAAGGAGAACCAGUUGUUACAAUAGUUAAGACAGGAAAUCCUCCAGCUUACAUGAUGCUGAUGUUCAUCUCCCUCCUCUGCAUUGCCGUGUUUGUGACCCUGGUUCUCUCCCAAAACCAGAUGAAAAAAUUUGUGUGGAAAGAUGUUCCAAACCCAAACAAGUGCUCAUGGGCAAAAGGAGUAGACUUUAAAACGAUUGAUGGCUUUGAGUACCUGUUCCGACCUCCAGAGGGUCUUCAAGCCUCUCCGCUGCCUCCUGAGAAGAUCUCAAAAGUUACUGUUGUGAAUAAAACUCUGACAAAGGCCUUUGUCCAAACCCCAACACUCUUGGCUCCUCCCUCUGUUGUUGCUUCAACUAACUCCUUCCUGCCUUGUUUGAACCCAAGGACUGGCCAGUUGCUGGAGUGUGAAAUGGCCCUUGGUGGCGACACUAGUCCAGAUCCCUUAACUACUUCAGACAUAACCAUAAAUAAGCUACAACCAGCCAAUGCCUUGGUGGAGCAGAGUUCAGCAACCACUAACAGCUCAGCCCAGUCUUCGGUCACAUACUCCAAAGUCCUACACACUGAUACAAAUCCAGAUCAUCCACCUCUUCAUCUCCACUACAAGGAGGGAAGUAGGAGCAGCUACAGUGACGAGGGAAACUUCUCAGCCAACAACUCAGAUACCUCUGAAACUUUCCCUGGUGGACUGUGGGAAGUUGACAGCUAUCAUGGUACAGAAUCGGAUGAUCCAAGGCGAUCCUACUCCUACAACUCUGAAAAAGAGCUUUCUGAAGUGUCAGAGCAAGAAGACGACUUAGAUGUGGGUCAAAAGAAGGCCUUGCACUAUCUCGACAUUGGACAUCCACCAGAGGAUGAGGAAAAUGAGGAGGAGGAGUCACAGACUGAGCUUCUGAAAAGCGCACAUUUGAUCAGAGAGGACUGUUCUGCAGAGUUGUAUCCUUUGCUCAAUCCAGAUGACUCAACGGAUCCCAAGACGCUGGUGCAAGUGUCGACUUGUAGUUUUUCCUCUCUGUAUAUGCCUCAGUAUAGGAAGCCUGACGUAAAUCACAUCCCACACACAUGACAGCAAACGUUAGCUCUCAUCAAAACAUGUGCCAUUGUGAAAGAGUCGUGCUUUGCCAUUUAACACAGGGUUUCUGCUCUGCAACAGCCUGUGAAAAAUGAGUAGGAACCCUGUUACCAAAGUCAGUCAUUCAUCCUGUGUGCACUUUGUAAGCAAAGAAAGUUGAUAUUUGUGGUGCAACAAAAGAUGCCAAAACGGCACACUUCUCAUGGAAAAAAAGAAUUUCUUCAUCUAUUUCAUUCUCUACUGGGGUUUAAAUUGGAUAUUCCUGUCUGUAAAUCAAAGUUGAUCAAUAUUGGUGACUGAUACAGAAGUUUUUCUUUAAAAAAAUCUUAAGUUUAAGAUUGCAAAAGAAAGGUUUCAGAUAGAAGGGGUUUACGUUUAGUAAAAAGUUUACAGUCAUUUAAUAACGGUCUGAAAUAAAGUCUGUGUUGAUUUUUUUUCUUAUCCUUUUCAAUUUGUUCAACUUAAAGUUUGCUUCAGAGAGAGCUGCACAGAGCCAUAGAAAGCCCAUGUUGUGCCUCUUUUGGCUUCCUUAAAGCACAUUUGACACCGAAAAGGAGAAAAACAUCCAAAAUCUUGAAAAUGUGAGUUACUACAGGUCAUUUUUGUGGCCAUUUUUGUUCAGUUAUUGGCAGCUUAUGCAUUUAUUCCCCAUAUUGACUGAACCACAUGCUAAGUUUAACUAUUUGUGUAUUUUGUGUCGUAAUGUAUUUGGGGUUUGGUUUAAAUAUGUGAACAAUGUAAUAUUUUUCUUGAACGUUGAAAUUUGUUAAAGACAAACGAAUGUUUUGAUCUACUUAAGAUGGAUAUAAAAAUAUUGUAAAUAUAGAAAAUUGAAUCACUGUAAAUCUUUAUGGAGAUGUUCUGUCUAUUUUUCAUUGUGACAAUAAAGAAUGUAUUG